AUGGCGGAAGUGGGGGCACCCGACCACUUGACGGGCUUCGCCGCGCCGCUGAUGCCCGUCGCGCUCCGCCCUAUCGCGCCGCGCGCGCCCGAGCGCAGCCCCGGCGCCCCCGCGCCGCGCCCCUCUGCCGACGGCGGGGAGAGCGCAGGCGCCGCGGCCCUCGCGUCGCCCACGUCGUCCGACCCCAGCCAGGGGUCCGACAUCACAUGCCACGGCUCGGAGCCGGGGCCGCCGCCGGGCGCCGCGGCCCAGCUGACGCCCUGCGCUGCUGGGCGGCAGCACCCGGCCCAGCGGCUGCUGGCCCCCGGCAGCGCCCUGGGGCCGGUCGUGCUCGCCACGUGGCCGUCGACUUCCACCGACAACGACAGCGAUGAGCAAGCCCUUGCGGCUGGAGCCGCGGCCGCCGCAGGGCUGCCCUUCAAGCAGCCGCCGGGCGCGGCUGCCGUGCCACGGGAGGCCGCUGCCGCGGCGCCCGCGGCGCCGUUGGUGCGGUGA